UCGCCGUACGCGCCGCUAGUGUGCUAGCGACUCUCCGCAUGAGAGGAUGUAUUGUCAACUUCGCGUCGCGUCGCGCCAGUGAAAAUUCGUAAAUGUGAAUCCGAAUGAAAACAAGCUCUGAUUUAAGUAUUACAAUAAAUAUUAUCUAUAAGAUAAUCGUAUAAUCGUUGUUGUUCGCGUGGUAGUACGAGUUUGGGUUUCUAAGUGUAAUUAACUUAAAGACAGUGAAGUGAGUGAUGAAAACCGACGAAUAGUGUUAGUGAUAGUGACAAUGAAGGAUUUUAGAGGACUUUUGCGAACUUAGAAGCCGCAUCCUGUAAAGGCUAUAAAUAGUCACAAUGGAGAGUCGCGUAGGCCUGGAUUAUAUCGUGGAGCACGCUGAGUACGCCAGCAAACUUGCUGCAGCGCUUACGUCUCCAACUUCCGCCGUCAAGAAACAAGUGUUUGAGCUGCUAUCUGCUCUUUGCGUGUAUAAUGCAGACGGGUAUGCCAGAGCGGUCGACACGUUGGAUCGAUAUAAGGUGUUGAAAGGCGACAGGUACCGUCUGAGCAUAGUUGUGGAUGAACUACGAAAUGCUGCCACCAUAGACUACAAAACAGCAUUGCUCGCGUUCAUCAACUGUCUCAUCAUUUCCGCACCACGACUGCCUGAUAGGAUUCGAGUGAGAAACGAAUUUAUUGGUCUGGGCUUACUACCAACAUUGAGUAACGUAAGACAUGACGCAGCAAGUAACCCAGAACUGGGAGUUCAGUUGGACGUGUUUGAGGAGCAACGGGAGAGUGAUGAGGCUCAGGGCCCCGGAGGCAUCAACCUCAACUCCCAUCUCGAUGUCUUCUAUGCUAUACUCAAACAAGUUUCCGACACGCCACAAGAGAUUCCGUUCCUUAGCAUACUUCAACAUCUUCUUCGGAUAGACCCCAAAGAGCCCGUGAGUGACAUCGUAUGGGACACGGCAGAGACCUUAGUACAUCGAGCUACGCUGUUGGAGAGCAGGGAAGAUGCUGCUAAGUUGCUGAGAGCUCCAAGUGUCCAGGCUAAAGUAGGAUGUAUGUGCCAGCAUCGUGAUGCAGGGUCAGCUCGCAAGCAAAGUCUGCAAAGGGCCCUGUCUCCGCCACCACCACCUCCACCAGCUCCAGUUCCUCCACCUGCGGCCCCCUUACCACCAGCUCCUCCAGCUCCACCGCCCGCACCUCCACGUGGGCCACUACCCCCGCCGCCACCUCCGCUGUCUGGCCCCGCACCCCCACCAUUGGGACCGCCUCCCCCACCACCUGUCAACAUUAAACUGCCGCAGCAGGAAACGCCACUACCGAAGACCAAGAUGAAGACUAUCAAUUGGAACAAGAUACCCAAUAAUAAAGUAAUUGGACAAAACAAUAUCUGGUCUCUGGUCGCAUCGAGUCAUCAACAUUCACCUAAAGCGGAGCUUGACUGGAGUGAAAUUGAGGGUCUCUUCUGUCAACAAAUACAGCCACCAGGUUCAGCAGGCUCGUCUCCAAGGUUGGGAAGAAGCCCAAUUUGCGACAGUUCUGGUGAGAGAAAACAGAGGAAAGAGCCCUCUGAGAUCACACUUCUUGAUGGGAAGAGGAGUUUGAACGUCAAUAUCUUCCUAAAGCAAUUUCGAAGUUCGAACGAAGAUAUAAUCCAACUAAUACGAGAAGGUGCCCACGAUGAUAUCGGUACUGAAAAGUUACGUGGUCUACUAAAGAUCCUGCCUGAAAUAGACGAAUGUGAAAUGCUGAAGGCGUACACGGGUGAUUCUACCAAGCUUGGGAAUGCUGAGAAGUUCCUGUUACAGCUCAUACAGUUGCCCAAUUAUAAGCUCCGUAUUGAGUGUAUGCUCCUGAAAGAGGAAUGGGCCUCCACUGCUGGCUACUUGGAGAGUGCUAUUAAUGCAAUUCUAGUAGCUGGAGAUGAUCUUAUGUCUUCGAGAGCUAUUCAGGAAGUGCUAUACAUCGCCCUAAUAGCUGGUAACUUCUUAAACGCGGGUGGUUACGCUGGCGGUGCAGCGGGUGUGAAGUUAUCUUCGCUUCAAAAGCUGUCUGAUAUUCGCGCUAAUAAGCCAGGCAUGAAUCUCAUGCACUAUGUUGCUAUGCAAGCUGAACGGAAGAAUAAAGAGCUGAUACACUUUGCUGAUGACAUAAGAGUUCUUGAAGAAGCCGCUAAAGCGAGUGUGGAACAACUUCACAACGAGAUCAACACGUUGUCUAGCCGAGUCACUGCAUUAAAAAGAGAUAUAAAUACCACAGCCCAACAAGACAUUAGAGAACAGAUGGGGGACUUUUUACAGGUGGCAGAAAGAGAAAUAUCAGCCCUGAACAAAGAUAUGGAGGAAGUAGAGAGCUUGAGGAAACAACUGGCAGAGUUCUUCUGUGAGGAUUCGGUCUCCUUCAAACUGGAGGAAUGCUUCAAGACAUUCUCGUCGUUCUGCAGCAAGUUUCGUUCAGCGGUGCAAGAAAACGAGCGUCGGCGCGCCAAUGAAGAGCAAGCUGCGCAACGCCGAAAAGCAAGGGACGCCGCCACUGCCGCACGAAAUAAAACUGGUGGUAGCAUGUGCAGUACGCCUGUAUCGGAAUGCGAGUCGUUGAUGGAGUCACUCCUGUUGGAUAUCAGGAACGGUCUGGGGCGAAGGUCACUUAGGAAGCAGUCCAGGGAUCCUUCACCUUCACCAGACGUGACACCGACAGGCAGUCUGCGCAGACGCAGCCGCGCGAGUCCUGGCGAGGAUGAAGAAGGUUUGCUAGAAUUCUUGCGACACGCAUCGCCCGCUGCGCCUGACCUACGUGAACGCAGCGCUUGGGGUAGUCUUGAUCGUUCAUGGUCCCGACGCGGUCCCGUUCGCGCGAAGCUGGAAAUUCCUGAGAGAGAAAGAGAGAGAGAGCGUCCCGCUUCCCCUCGCGCUCCCGCGUCUCCAGCUUCACCCGCACCACAGGAUAAUACCACUACUAAACCACGGGAAUGGCGUCAAAAGAUUGAGUCGUGGCUGCGCGCAAAUAGUCAGGAGGAAAAGCGCGAUGCUGAACUGCGCGAGCGCACCAGACGUCUGCUCAAUAGACGCUCCUUGGAAAACGAGUCCGAGAGCGAGCGCAGUACAGCCCUAGACCCCUUACCCGAAAGUCGCGGCGAUUGGCGACCUGCAGUGCUUCGAGAUACCGAUGUUGUGCGAACCAUUGAAGCUGUUGAAGAUGUACAACCUCCAGUAAAGGACAGAGUUCCUUGGAGGAAGACCGAGGAAAAUGAAGAGAUGAGACGGCUAAGAAGACAAAGAUCGAGACAGCAGAUCGAGUCAUCUCAAUCUCUCGUUGCAAUCAGUGAAGAGGAGAAACGUAAGUUACCAGACAUCACUGUGACUGACGCUAAGGUCGAGAAAAACGAUAGAGUCACUAUCGACUCAGAUAAUAUCGAAACGCCUCCCGUACAAAGAAAACUCUUCAAUCCACCCCCCGAAAAAGAGCCUUGUAGACGCCUGCAGCCAUCCCUUCACUCAUCUAACACCGAAAAAGCGUCAACUGAAAUGAAAGAUCUAUGCCAGGAAAUAUUGGGAGAUGGACAAUUCGACAGAUUUUCAGCCGCAAGAAGAACGAGGAGAUACAAGAAAAGCACAGAAUCGACGCCACCUGAAGAAGAAAAGAAAGAAGUAGCCGAGCUAGUUGCAGAAACACAAGUCCUACGACCAUCGAAACUAGAGGUCCAAGUUUCAUACCCUAUCGAGGUUCCAAAAGAAACAGUGAAACCCGUCGAGACCGUGAAAGAUGAAAAAGAAAGCAGACUAAAAAGAUGGCAGGACAGAUUAAAAAACCAAAGCACAGACAAAACUCCGACCAAAGAAAAAUUACCCUAUUCGAGAAUGCGACGGCAGACGUCUAUCAACCAAGAGGACGUCCAGAAAGCGAUACGAGAAUUGAAAUCACCCACAGAGAACCCCACUGGUGUUUGGUCUAGGAGUGCCUACAGGCGAUCGAUGAGUGCUAAGGUUGACACUAAAAAAGAAUCAGAAAGAACGACAUCUCCUCGAAUACCGAAAGUGAAAAGCGAACAUGAAUUAAACGAUGAAGGUUUUGAAGAGACGCAAAGUCUGAAUUCUGAAAGCGCAUCACAAGGUGCAUCAUCCGGUUGCAACAUUGAAUGUGAUUCACCCAUCCCCAAGAAAUCGCCAGAUAUUCCAAAGAAAACUCCCGCCAAAGAUCUUAAAAUUCCACCGAGAACUCCUUUGAAUCGAACUUUCUCGAAUAGAGCGAGUUCGUUGCGAGUCGAACGGUCCGCGUCUAGAGCAUCGUUGAGAAGUUCGAGGAGCUCUUUAAACAGUUCAGCCUCAGUUGCGACCGUAAAGAGGGCGCCUGUAGCACCCAAACCAGUUCCAAAACCGAUCCCAAAGCAAAUAUCAAGGAUGCCAGCAUCGAGAUCGUCAUCGAGCGGUAGUUCCAUAGCUUCGAAACCGCCGGUGAAAACCCCAAAUCGAUCAUCGAACUUCAUGAGACCAACGCAGGCGUCCAAAGGGCGAGGAUCCCUUCAGCCGACCGUCGUGAAAAAUGUCAAAUAACGCGAUUCCUAACUGAUGUUACACAGAUAUUUUUUGAAGUUCAUAAAGAACAGAUAAAAAAUAUGUUAAGUCGGACAUCGAAUGUAAUCUGCGGCCAUAUAAGGCAUUAUUAGUAAUUAUUAAAUGUUAACCAUUAUUAUUGGAAGCUUCAGAUGUAUUUAAUGGUGCUUGAAUCUCAACAAAUCUGAAGGUUUCAAUGACUGAUAUUUUAAGUUAAGUUAACGUUAGAUCUGUUUAAAAUUAUGUUUAAUUUAUUAUCGGGCCCGUACGUAUUAUUUACAUUUAUAUGUUUUCUAAGGAAAAAUCCAAAAAAGAACAAUGUUUAUUGAUUUAUUGUGCCACGAUAUAAGUACGGGUAUUUUAAGCAUAGACCAGUGAACAAACCAGUGACUUGGGACUCAGUCCAAAAUAUAAUUUUGGGUCAGACAUAUUGUUAACCUGAAAGUAUUAAAAAAUACGUUGAUAUUGAAAUAAAUAUGGUGCCUUCACUGUUAGAUUUUUCAAUUAUCCGUCCAAGUUACAAUUUUGUGUAAUAAUGAACAAACGACAGACAAUAUUAUGAUCUGCUUUUUAGUUAAUUGUAUUAUUAGUACAUUUUUAAAGUCACAACAAAAUUUUUGAAUUUGGAAAUAAGUCAAUAAAUUUCCCGCCGGAAUAUAAAAAAGUAUUAAUCUCGAAGCAUCAGCGACGACAAAGAAGGUUCUAAUAUCUAUAAAUGAAAGCUACUUUAAGAUUAACACAAUAUUUUAUUGUAUGCGUUUAUAUUUACUAAACUAUACAAUAAAGUUAUAUACCACGA